GCGGGCGAGGCGGGCCGGGCAGCGCCGCCAUUUUGUGAGUCUAUAACACGGAGCGGUUGGGUUCGUUCCUGCUAUUCCGGCGCCUCCACUCCCUUCCCGACGGGUCUCCUCCGUGUGCAAUGGACGGCAUUGUCCAAGAUAUAACAGUUGGUACAAAGCGGGGACCUGACGAGCUUUUCACUCCUUGUGUUACUAACGGACCCUUUAUGAUGAACAACAACUCUUCUUCUACAGCUAAUGGAAACGACAGCAAAAAAUUCAAAGGUGAUAUCAGAACUGCUGGGGUCCCAUCCCGAGUAAUCCACGUCCGUAAGCUCCCCAGUGAUGUCACAGAGGCAGAGGUUAUUUCUUUGGGUUUACCUUUUGGCAAGGUCACCAAUCUUCUUAUGCUGAAAGGCAAAAAUCAGGCUUUCAUAGAGAUGAACACUGAGGAGGCAGCCAACACCAUGGUAAACUACUACACCACAGUCACUCCAGUCCUGCGCAGGCAGCCCAUCUACAUUCAGUUCUCCAACCACAAGGAGCUUAAGACAGACAACUCUCCAAACCAAGCACGCGCCCAAGCAGCUCUGCAAGCAGUGAACACCAUUCAGGCAGGAAACCUUGCGCUGCCAGACGCUGCUGCAGCAGUAGAUGCAGGAAUGGCAAUGGCUGGCCAGAGCCCUGUUCUGAGGAUCAUUGUUGAGAAUCUCUUCUAUCCUGUCACUCUAGAUGUUCUACAUCAGAUUUUUUCCAAAUUUGGGACAGUCCUGAAAAUAAUUACGUUCACGAAGAACAAUCAGUUUCAGGCCCUGUUGCAAUAUGCUGACCCAAUGAGCGCUCAGCAUGCCAAACUGUCUUUGGAUGGACAGAAUAUCUACAAUGCUUGUUGUACACUGCGCAUCGAUUUCUCAAAGCUCACAAGUCUCAAUGUAAAAUACAACAACGAUAAGAGCAGAGAUUAUACACGACCAGACCUCCCUUCUGGGGAUAACCAGCCCGCCCUUGAUCAGACCAUGGCAGCUGCUUUUGGUGCCCCAGGGAUAAUCCCAGCUCCUCCAUAUGCGGGGGCUGGCUUUCCUCCUACCUUUGCAAUUCCUCAGGCUGCAGGUACUGUAAUUCGCCUGACAGUUCCAAAUGUUCAUGGAGCACUAGCUCCUUUGGCUAUCCCAGCAGCUGCAGCGGCUGCAGCAGGACGGAUUGCCAUUCCCGGCCUCGCUGGGGCAGGGAACUGCGUUCUGCUGGUUAGCAAUCUGAAUCCUGAGAGAGUUACACCCCAAUGCCUCUUUAUUCUUUUCGGAGUCUAUGGUGACGUACAGAGGGUGAAGAUUCUAUUUAAAAAGAAAGAGAAUGCCUUAGUGCAGAUGACUGAUGGGAACCAGGCCCAGCUUGCCAUGAGCCAUUUAAAUGGUCAGAAGCUCCACGGGAAGCCAAUCCGUAUCACACUGUCCAAGCACAAUAUAGUGCAGCUUCCCCGCAUGGGGCAGGAGGAGCGAGGUCUGACUAAGGACUACGGAAAUUCUCCUCUGCAUCGUUUCAAGAAACCAGGCUCCAAGAAUUUCCAGAACAUCUAUCCUCCUUCUGCCACUCUUCAUCUGUCCAAUAUUCCACCUUCAAUAACUGAAGAAGACCUCAAGAUGUUAUUUUCAAGCAAUGGGGGGAUGGUCAAAGGAUUCAAAUUCUUCCAGAAGGACCGCAAAAUGGCUCUGAUCCAGAUGAGCUCUGUGGAAGAAGCCAUUCAAUCACUCAUCGACCUCCAUAAUCAUGACCUGGGUGAGAAUCAUCACCUGCGUGUGUCCUUCUCGAAGUCCACCAUUUAAAGCUUUGGAAGGCGGGAGACAAAAUGGACUUGACUUAAAAAACCUCUUGGGUUCAGCCUUGACCUUUCAGAGGCUGAGCGCUAGGGUUUCAACUUCCAUCAUUCCAGAAAAAAAAAAAAAAGCCACUUUAAAAAUGCAGCUGAAGUGACCUUAAAAAGACCAGAGAUUUUAUUUUUUUAAAGAGAAAUCAGUUUACCGGUUUUUAAAAAAAAGAAAAAUUAAGUCUAAUUCCUAUUGCUAACCUUGCGGUGAUGGGUAACAAUCUUGACUGUUCGAAUAAAAAAAAAAAAUCACAAGUUCAAGUUUACACUUUGGAAACCUGCUCUGGGAAAUUCCCCUCCCCUCCUGCUCCUUCUCCCCCAAAAAAAGCAGAUCCUAAAAAGUUUUAUCAGGUUUCACAUUGAUGCCUUUUUGAUUUUCUUUACCCAUCCAUGCCUUGAAAGACCUAAAACCACUGUGCAAAUUCACUUUCGAGCCUUUGAGUCAGGAUUUUGCUAAACGCGUGGUGGUAUCGGAGCUCCCAACUCACCCAGCACCAGAAUAAGUUGCAUUGAUCCUAUCUUAACUGUGCAUCAGCUAUCCCGUGCCUUAAACCUUUUACUUCUUUGGGGAAAACAUCUCAGCUGUAGGGAGUGGAUUGGGAGAGUUGAGGGGAAUGCGUGAGCUCUGCCUUCCUGGAUCAGCUUGGUUAUAGGGAAGGACAAGUGAUGCUGGCAGAGUGGAUAAAGAAAAUAUAUUGGGCUUUUACUCUUCAGGCAGUUGUUGCCACUGUCCGUGAAAUGUCUCUUACCUGCAUAAUAUCAUGUGUCUUCAUGCCACUCUCCAAUCUGCUUGUGGUGUACGGCAUCUGCAAACCUUCCAGUGGGAGUUAAGAUCCUUCGUAACGUUCAGACUAAGCAGAAAGGUCUGGAUGGGGAAGUGUUUUCCCGAGAUCAAAUUGCAUUCCAUUGUCAAUAGCAGGCUCUGCGCUUUGCGAGAGUGUUAAUCAUGAUAGAAAUCAACCACUGCUGGACACUUGUGAAGACGAAUCAUUAUGAAUUUGUCGAAAUUGUGUAUGUGUGUAUAUAUAUAUCUAAAUACUUGGCUAGGAUUUGAAGAAUUAUUGGCUAUCCCACAUUUAGAAAGGUGUUCCCGUGAGUCACCUUCGUGCCCCUCAUUUGAGAUUAACGAGACCAACGUAGCUCUGCCAUCACUCUUAUAGCAUGUCUUCAGCGUUUGAGCUUUUUGUUUUAAUUCUUGUAUUAUACUUUUUGAUGCCGUUGCUGUCCUCUGUGCCUAGCAAUAUUUCCAGUUGACCAAAUAUUCUAAUCUCUAUAUGCAAAAGAAAUAGUUUUAAGUACCUUUAUAGAAUGAUAAGAUGGUAUAAGCGUAAUCUAAAUUUACUCCUUUGUGGUAUUACCCUCGUAUACUGUACUUUCUCUUUUUGUUUUGUAAUUGAAACUGUAGGGCAGGAAUUUAGUUACCAGGCUGAGGUCGUGACUGAGGAUGAGUAAUGUAAUGAAAUCAAGAAAACAUGCGAAGCAAAGCGGAUUUUUAAAGCAAAGCAGAUUUUUAAAGCAAAGCAUUUGAGAUAAUGAUCACAAACAGCUUAUGGACAUAAGAAAAGGACCCAGGCUCAAGUUUUUGUCUUUUUUUAACCUAUAAGCCCAGUUCUUUUAAGUUAUAGGAAGGGAAUUUAUUAAACGUAGAACGCAGCAGAUCGUUUUUUCCCAAUGAUACAACCCACUUAUAUUUUUUUUUUCUGGCUUACAACUCUUUCCCGGGCCAUUCUGCCUUCUAUUUCGUGUAAUCCGAUGUUGCCUUACAUUUCCCUCUAACCUGCAACCUGUUCGGAUGCAAAAUAACAAGAAUCUUGUACUUUUUUUCAGGGUUUUUCUGCAAAUUGUGGACCAAAGUUUGUUUUUUAAUUGUCUUAGUGUUGCAAGUUACGAUUUCCUUGCUUUACUGUGGGAGCUCUUGACUUGCCUAGCACUGAGUGUUUGGAAAAGUCUUAACUUUCCGUAGUUCCUCCCUGAACUCUUGAGGAUGUGAAUUAUGCUGGAGAAGUGUGUGACGUCUGAGUGAGGGUUCGGCUUGGGUUGCUGGCAUGCGAUGGGUAAUCCCUGUCUGCCUUGGGCUUCGUUUGUGGCUGAGGAGUGGGAAACCAUCUGUGGUAGUUGCCCGGCUUGAGCCGAGGCCGUUACGCUGCCGUGUGGACGCUGGCUUCAAGGUACUCCUAAAUUGGAGCCUUAAUGAAGCCUUGUGGUCUGCCUCUGGAAAGCUCUGUGGUUCCUUGCUGGUUCAGGAGGGCAAAUUCAGGUGUCUUGGUGGUAGUUGGAGUCCAUUUACUCAUGUCCCUCCCUCCAGAGGUGAAGCCCUGCUCCUCCCGGAGCUCUGGCAGCGCUCAGCCCGGAGGUUCCAUGCACAGCCCAAGCGGAAUAGCUGGGGUUUGACCUUUUUAAAUGGAUUCAUUCAACCAACCUCACCCAGGAUGCUGGGAAGAGGCUCUCUGGAAUGAAACUUCUCCGGUGGCCUCUUGGCAUUGGUUCGGUCAACCCACGGGCUGGAGAUCUCGUAAGAUGAAUCGAGGUGACCCUGGAACCCAGGCAGUUGUGGGUUUUUCCUUUGGAUCCCUGUGUUUGCAUGUAAAGAAUGUGAGUAACAAAAGGGUGUACAUAUUUAUAAUUUUUUAUACCUGUUGUAAGACGAGGGGGCAGCGAAACCCGUUUUUUUAUGGUGAACAGAUGUAUUGUAUAUUUUGAUAACAGCUCUUACAGGUUCAGUAUUGUGGAAGGUGGGGUGGGAGGGUAAGCACACAACAUCAGAAUUCCAUUGCCUCUUUCAAAGAAUGUUUGUAAUGCAAAAAGAAAAUGAAAUUAAAACUAUUUUAUAACAACCUUUGUACCUUUCUGUAGCUCCAUUAUUUACUGUUCAGAUUGUAGAAAGCAGUUGUUGGC